UCUCUCUUUCUUAAGUCUCUCUCUCUCCUCUAAUUGGCUUCCAACUCCAUCCCUAUUCCAUUGAUCCCCACCAAACCCUACCUAGCUCACAAAACUAGCUCCCAUGGCCAUUUCUCAAUACAACACCAUUCUUCCCUUCAAAUCCCACCUUCACAACUCUCCCCUUCAAUCCCAUACCCAAUUUUCCCUCCCAUUUUUCACCCAAAAAUCUCGGCUCCAUUUUUUCAAUGACCAGGUCCCUGUCCAACGACCACAGAAGACUUGGAGGACGCCGCGAAGCUGGGGCAAGGGACUGAAAGUGCUUGACGUGUCCAGACCAGCUCACACACACCUCUACGAACCUCGUCACACCACCAAAUCACUCACCACCCCACACGUCCUAUCCAAACCAAUAACCGACGUCAAAACAGAUACAGCAACACCAACGGAACACGAAAUACACGAACCGAGUAGAUUAUCCGACUGCUGGCGAGACUUCCACGGCGAGAACGACUGGGCCGGGCUGCUCGACCCGAUGGACCCGCUAUUCCGAUCCGAGCUGAUCCGGUACGGCGAGAUGGCCCAAGCCUGCUACGACGCCUUCGACUUCGACCCGUUCUCCAAGUACUGCGGUAGCUGCAGGUUCACGCCUCGCGAGUUCCUCGCGCGCCUCGGGAUGGGCAGCUCCGGCUACGAGGUCACGCGUUACCUCUACGCGACCGCCGACAUCAACCUGCCCAACUUCUUCAAGAGGUCACGCUGGCCCCAGGUCUGGAGCAAGAACGCCAACUGGAUCGGGUACGUCGCGGUUUCGAACGACGAGAAGUCGCGGGUUCUGGGACGUCGCGACGUCACCAUUGCGUGGCGGGGCACCGUGACCCUGCUCGAGUGGGUCGCGGAUUUAAUGGACUUCCUCCGCCCGAUCUUGGCGGAUAAGAUCCCAUGUCCCGAUCCGACGGUCAAGGUCGAAUCGGGUUUCCUGGGUCUAUAUACGGAUAAAAACGAGGAGUGUCGUUUUUGUAAAUACUCGGCGAGGGAGCAGGUUUUAACCGAGGUAAAACGGUUAAUGGAAUUGUACCCUGACGAGGAAAUGAGCAUUACGAUAACGGGGCACAGUUUGGGAAGCGCGUUGGCUAUCGUAAGCGGGUACGAUAUCGUUGAAACCGGUAUAAACGUGAUGGAUGAUAGUCGGGUUGUGCCUGUUUGUGUUUAUUCGUUUUCGGGUCCCCGGGUCGGGAACGCGAGGUUCAAGGAGAGGGUGGAGAUGUUGGGGUUGAAGGUGCUGAGAGUGGUGAACGUUCACGACAUGGUGCCGAAAUCGCCGGGGUGGUUUUUCAACGAGGGCGUGCCGAGGGCGGUGAUGAAGGCAGCGGCGGGUUUGCCGUGGUGUUACUCGCACGUCGGAGUCGAGUUGGCGUUGGAUCACAAGAGCUCGCCGUUUUUGAAACCUGAUGCGGACGCGGUUUGUGCCCACAACUUGGAGGCUCACCUUCACUUGCUUGAUGGGUACCAUGGCAAGGGGCAUGGAUUUGGGCUGUCAAGUGGGAGGGACCAUGCACUGGUGAACAAGGGCUGUGAUUUUCUAAAGGACGACUACAUGGUCCCACCUAAUUGGAGGCAAGAUGAGAACAAAGGGAUGGUAAGAGGUGAGGAUGGCCGUUGGAUACAGCCUGAACGGCCCAAAUUAGAUGACCACCCCAACGGCAUGUACCUUCAACUCAGCCAAUUGGGCCUUUGAACGAGGAAAAGCUUGUAUGCGAAAGAUUUUAUUUAUGCGAGUACUAGAUUCGACCUUCGUGCAAGGCAUCGAAUGUUAUGGCAGUUGAAGGGAAUAAGUUAUGAUUUAGGAUAGUAUUUUUUUUUUGGUUUUAAUGGUAUAAUUGGAACUGAAAGAAAGAUAUGGAAAUAGCUAUGAAGGUACAUUACAUUGAUUGAUUAAAGCAG